UUUCAACAUGGAGACCCAGUAAAAAAUUAGUGCAUUAGAAUUUUGGAAACCGGGCCUUAUGGACAACGUAGAAGACAGCGGUUUUGAUAGUGACCCCAAAACUGCCACUCAGAAUGACCCUUUACAAGAUAUGGCUGAGACCCAUUCCAGUGUCAAUGGAGCUACUGAGCAUAUAAAACUGGUGAAGAAAACAGAUCUUCAGAAGAAACUUGAGCGACAGAGGGAAGCCUCAAGGCGACUAAAAGAUAAUCAUGACAAGACCAUUGACCAGCAGCCCAAAAAGUCGUAUUUAUUACCACAUUCAAGGCGUUCCAGGGUUCACAGACUAUUGGUUCCUGGCCGGCACUCCAGCGAUACAUCCAAACGCCAAGAUGAGCAGCCAUUGGUCGCCAUUGUCUCAGACAGUGAAGAAGAUGAAUUUGAAACCCCCAAAUUGUCAAAAGAAGCCCACAGAGAAAUAACACAACAGCUGAUAAAAGAUGGCUAUAACUUAGACCUAGAGCCUGAUGAUGAGGAUUUGGACCUGAUUCCACCCCGGCCACUCAGUGAAAGGUGUGUCUGCUGUAACCAUACUCUCAACAACACCUGCUCAAUACAGUAACACCAUACAUACUGGUUGAUAACAGAGUUGUCUGCCUUGAGUUUGCUCUGGGACAGAGUUAUCUCCCCUGUAUUGUGAGAUAUACCUUAUAUAUGUGGCUGCUUUCAUAAAACUUUGUGCGAGGGAUUCGUCAACAAAAAAUUAUUCAAAGUUCUGUGAAUGUUGCCAUGGUGCUAGAUAUCUCUGGUACAACAGUAUCUUGCCUUUUUAUUUUGAACAUGACAACAGUUGUGCUUUGCUUAGGUCAAGUCUGAAAUUUGGAGGAUUAACAGGUAUUUUUGUAAACGGAAAAAAGUGACAUAGUUUGACAGUUACAAACCAAAGAUGGUCUGGAUUGUUGAAAAUUAUGGUUAAAUGGAAGUUAUUUCAAAGCAGUGUCUAUAGAUUUGUACAAGGCUGGGUUAUAGAUAUGUGUAUUAUUUAUAAUGUGAUAAAAAGCGGAGAGUCCGCAACAUUAUGUGUACUGUAAAGAACUGUGAAAGAAUUCUCAGUAUUCUCAUUGUCUGAUGUACAUGACUGAUGGAUGUAUGUGCAAUAACAGUUGAAUGUAGUUAAUCUACUGAACAGCUUAACAUAAUAAAUAAGCAAAGUAACCCCGAAGAAAUUCAUUUUGACCAUCUCAGUUUUAAAGUCGAAAUAGUGAGAUCACCAAAAUGAAUUUCUUCAGAGUUACUUUGCUUAUUUAUCACCUGAGUAUUUUAUGUAGGUCCUAUAUGUAUAAGAACGAUGUCUUAAAGUAGUGUGCUGUUAUAUUUCUGUAUACUGUUUUUACUUUUGGAAAUUUUAUUGAAAGCUUAAGUAUGGCUGUAUAAGCCUGCUAUACAUAAGACAGUGUAGAAUUAUGUUUUUGUUAGGCUUCACUAUUGGUAGUCCAACUGGCAGAACAAGUUAAUUUUAUUCCUUCGUUAUGGAGAAGAAUCAGAAAUCACGAUCAAAUUCAUUUGUGGAUAGCAUGAAAGGAAAAAUAUAUCUAAAAAAUUUUGGCCAGGUACUGUUAAAAAAGUACCAUUUUGUCAGCUACUCAUGUAAAACAUGGUCUUUAUAUGACCAGUAAUAAAAGUGAAUUUGUGGUUUUCUAUAACAUUAGAUUGUUCUGGCCUAUCAAUAAUAACCUACUUGCAUAAUUCACAGCUCCUAUAGGACAGAAUUUUAAUUUAUUUAUCUCUACAGUAAUGUGUUUUUUGUUUGGGAAUGUAUCAAAAUCCUUAUUUUAUGCACAAUUUUCCAUACCGAUAUAACUUGUAAGUACCUGUAUCAUUGCCUUUUUUCCUUCAACCUGACAUCUUGUUUCAUAAAGGGUAAAUUGCCCCUUAUUCAUGUUUGCAAAAUGUAGUGGCUUCUGUGAUGUUGUUAAGGGUCAGAUGGCUGCUUUGACGUCACUUUACUAAUCCUUGCAGAAGAAGCAUUGGUGGUUGUAGCAAUUUAUAUACUGUCCACGUUUGGCAGUUUAUUUCUGGCCAAACAUAAUCUGCA